AUGAGAGAUGAACUGCAAGCCCCUACUACCUCACUGUGGUUUGCCUGUAUUCUAGAUAUUAUGUGGGGUCUCCUUGUCUUAUUCAACUGGUCUGUUAAGUUGGAGGCUCGAAUCCAACAGUCGCCAGAAUGGUCAUCCGAGAACGGAAAACUGACCAUCGUGGCCAAAGAGAAGGAGAUGCAAACGGUGAUGGGUCAGCGGCAGAAGCUUAGCUUCUUCGACGUCAAACUGGCCAACUUCAUGUUCUGUUCUGCAUUCUGUGGGGAGAAGGUAUUCACAGCCAAAGAAAGCGAGCAGACUUUCACGUCUCCAUCCUUUGACAGCAGUACGCUGGAGAACGAGGUGACAUGUGCAUGGCACAUAAAGGCCCCUCCACACACACGUGUUCGCUUGAGCAUAGCUGAACUGUUUGACAUCGGAUAUGAGCAGUACAGCUGUGAGGAGUACGUGGAGAUCCGCUACAAGGGGACAGAUAGCACGGGAACCAGGUUAUGUUCGUCAAACACAACGAUACAUGACAUCGUUUCCUAUGAUAACGAGGUACUCGUCUUAUUCCGGAGUGUCCCCAAGGAGGCUAAGGACAGCAGAUCUCGCUGGUUCAGACUCAGCUACGCUGUCACAGACGGCUGCGGCGGAUGCAGUCCUGAGGAGACUGCUCCCAUGGCUAAGCCUUGUCCACGCCGGACACUCUACGACUGUUCUCCGGACUCAGGGUAUGACCAGGAGUGGGCUCGCUGUGGCUUUAAUGUGUGUUCCCCAGGGACUUCACCCCAGCGUGACCCCACUUCCGGUCUGUGCAAAGUAGAAGAACUGAAACCCUGCCCCUUCCAGACCGGCUAUAAGAAAUGCCUGCAAACAAGAUACGAGCCGUGUCCAGAGAACCAUCUUGUGCAGCCCUGCUGUGCCCAUUACACAGAAGAUGUGAACACAGGAGAGUGCGUGCCGGAAGCCUCUACAACAACAGCAACCGCUUCCGCCACGUGA